AUGCAAUACAGAACUGUUUUAUCCUCUUUUGUCUUUGUUUCUAGCGCUUUUGCUGCCUACAAACCAUCCGAGCCAUGGUCUACCUUGACUCCAAAUGCUACAUACACUAGUGCUAUGACCGAUUACACUGGCAUUUUUGGUAUAGCAGUUCUUCCAUUGGCAACCUCUACAUCUACUCCUUCAACUGAGAAAGCUAAGAGAGAUUCUAUUUCCCAAACAGAUGAAUUGUCUACUAAAAAGACAACUACUUUGGAUGGGAAAUCCAGUUCAGCUACAACGGCAACUUCUACCUCUGUAGCUCAAAGUUCAGAGGAUGCCUUUUUUGCUGCUCAAGCCUGUAUGAAUGAGGGUACUUUGGCUAUGACUUUAAAAAAAGGUAUAUUAUUAGACUCUAAAGGUAGAGUGGGUUCUAUUGUCGCUAAUAGACAAUUCCAAUUUGAUGGGCCACCACCACAAGCUGGUGCUAUCUACGCUGCAGGUUGGUCUAUCACACCACAGGGUAACUUGGCCAUAGGUGCUAACGAUGUUUUUUACCAAUGUUUGUCCGGUAAUUUCUAUAACUUAUAUGAUGAAAGCCAAGGUAAGCAAUGUACUAAAGUAUACUUACAAGCUCUUGAACUAAUCAAUUGUUAG